CAUGCACUCUGUUCAUACACUCUGUUCUCUCACUCUGCUCUGUCCACUCAGUUACACAGCUGUGAGAAGACUUUACAGAAGAAUUAAAAGUGGAAUCAUGAGCUCCAAAUGUGGGAUGUUAUCACUCAUUAUCCUGCUGUGUGUUUCAGGUUGGCUUGGUAAGCGUGUCAGUGUGUCCUGCAGUCCUCAGACUGUCUGUGCUCUGCAGGGGUCAAUGGUGGAGCUGAUGUGUUCUUACCCAAAAAAUAUCAAAACUUCUGCCCAAUCAUUCUGGUUCAGCUUUAAACAGAAAACUAAAUGGAGGAAUGAGGAACAUCCAGAGGAUUUAGCUUUAGACUCAGACUACACAGGACGAGUGAACACUGAGACCAGAAACUCCAAAUCAACUCUUACAAUCAGAGAGCUGAGAGAGAGAGACUCAGGAGAAUAUCACCUCAUGAUCAUCACAGAACAAGGAGAGAAAUACUCCAGUCCUGCAGUUACAGUAACAGUAGGAGAUCUGCAGCUGAAUAUGACCCAGAGUGGACAGGAAGUGACUCUCACCUGUAGCACUUCCUGCAGUCUGACCUCUAAACCUGAUUUCUACUACUGGUACAAGAAUACACAAUAUAUACACAAAUACACACCUUACAACAUGCCCCAGCCUCUCGUUUUAUCCAGCAGAGCUGAUGCUGGCAGUUACUCCUGCUCUGUUAGCGAACAUGAGCAACUCAAAUCCUCUGCAGUCGAUGUUUUUACUGAGGACUCUGAGAUGAAUGUGAGUUACACAGAAAGACAGAUCGAUGCUGUGGAGGGUUUAUCAGUGGAUUUUCUCUGCACUUACUCACAUCCCAAAGCUGAGAGAGUUAAUAAAGCUUUCUGGUUUUACUUUCGGCCUGAAGUGGAGUCAGAGGAGCUGAGUGAGGAAGAGCAGUUUGCUGGUCGAGUGGAGUUUAUUGGAGAUAAAGAGAGAAACUGCACUCUGAGAAUGAGAGAUGUGAGAGAGAGAGACUCUGGAGAAUAUCGCUUUCAGUUCAGCACUCAGUCUGGAGAGACAUUUACUGGAUCACCUGGAGUCACUCUGAAAGUUACAGGUGACCAUGAGUUCCAGCACAGCAUCACACCAGUCAAUCCAUCAUGGAAUGAACAGUUUGAUCCUCAACUUUCAUGGUACUGA